GCAUGAACAGAGGAAGAGGAAAUGUCGAAGAAGCUUCAAAAAUCUCUCAAGGAUUACCUCUCCAAAGUCAGAAGUACCUCCCCAAAUAUCCAUUUCUCCUCAAAAUCAGUCUCUUCUUCCAAGAAAUGGAUCCUCAAACGAUGUAGACACCCCAAAACCUUGUCUUUUGCAGUCAAUCCUGCUGGAAAUCACGGUCGUAAAGGAACCAGCAACGAUAAUAAUGACGAAGCGGCCACUCUUGCGGAUGUUGAUCGGUUUCUCUUCGAAAAUUUCAAGUCGUUGUAUAUCGGAGAUGAUGAUGAGAUUAAUGAAAGGAGAUGCACUGUUGGGUCAGAAGAUGAUCAUCUGGUUAAAACCUCUGGAAGGUUUUUUCUUGAUUCUCCGGGGUUUAUGGAUCCUCCCUCGUACCUCUGCGGUUCCAACAGAUUCUUCGUGUCGACGGGGUUGUCGAGUUCGCUCGUCGACGACGCUCGGAGCAGCGGCACCAACUCCACCAUGUCGAUUUCGGAGAACUUGGGUUCGACUUCUACUUCAUCAGCUUCAAUCAACAAUACCGUUGUUUCCAACGAUUCCAACAGCACUGGCGGCGAUGGCGUCGCUGUUGAGUCGCUGAGCAAUAUCCGGAACGAGUGCAUUGCGGUGGUAACAUAUUCUCAUAACCCAUACGAUGAUUUCCGACGAUCCAUGCAAGAAAUGGUGGAAGCCAGGAUGAAUCAUCAUUCGGAGAUCGAUUGGGAUUUCAUGGAAGAGCUUGUGUUUUGUUACUUGAACUUGAAUGACAAGAAGUCUCACAAGUUCAUCUUGAGUGCUUUUGUUGACCUGGUCGUGGAUUUGCGUCAAAACCACAAGAAGAUUCCACCCAAAUCUCGGCAUUUUAAGGUUAACAAUGCGACAGAUCACAAGAAAUCAAGGAGAACAAGGCACCAUGUAAGGUAAGGAUUUGACAAUUGUAUGUUGGGCUC